AUGGCCGACGGAUACAAGGUCCACAUCGAUAAGUUGGAUGUGGAGAACUACAGAACGUGGAGUUCGAAGAUUAAGUUUCUUCUAACUUCCAAGGAUCUAUGGAACGGGGUUGAGGACCCCGUGGCGCACCCUGCUCAAUCAAAGAAAGCGUUGUCCAUCAUCGGGCUAAACGUUGAGGACCACCAUCUGGGGUCGAUUGAGGAGUGCAAAACCGCAAAGGAGGCGUGGGAUCUCCUUGAGAAGACCUACAAGAGCAAAACCAAUGCAAGGAAGAUGCAGCUCAGGCAAGAGUUGCAUUCUCUCAAGAUGAAGUUGGGUGAGCCCGUGACCAUGUAUGUAGGUCGGGCUAAGGAUUUGUAUAGGGACCUGGUCGCCACCGGUUUUGAGAUGAAGCCGGAUGAGUUGGCAUGGAGCGUGCUUGCGGGAUUGCCCAAGUCGUUCAGUACCCUGAGAACAAUCCUAGAGGCUUCGGAGAGCACCAUUAGCUCGGUGGAUGCGAUUCUGCCGAAGCUCUUGGUGCAUGAGCAGGGGUUUGAAGAGUCGCCUAAGGAAAAGGGCGGCGGUGGGUCGGACUCUGCAGUGGCCUAUGUGGCCAGGCGGAAAGGGAAGGAGAAAGUCCACGGCAAGGAUGAGAGCCGGGGCAAAGGUCCCAAGUGCUAUAAUUGCGGGGACUUUGGCCACAUUGCUCGGAAGUGCAGCAAGCCGGAUAGGCGGGAGCACAAGCCGGAGCAGAAGAAGGGGGGGAAACCUCCCAAGGGUGUGGCCUUUAGCGUCAUUGAGGGGGUGUCGACCGACGAGUGGCUCGUCGAUUCGGGUAGCUCCCAACACCUAACCGGGGACAAGAGCCUAUUUGAGACCCUCGAAAUGUUCGGGGGGAGUGGCCGAGAGUUCACGUUCGGGGACAAGGGAACCCUAUGGGCAGAGGGGAGCGGCUCGGUAGAGCUGCGGUGUGCGACACCGACCGGAGAAAGUCUUGUCACUCUGCAGAACGUGAUGUAUGUCCCGGGGGUGGCGGCGAAUUUGAUCUCGGUGAGCAAGGCCACCGAGGUUGCGUCAGUGCUGUUCAAAGAGAACGGCAACUGCGAGCUUGAGGUUGACGGGGAGGUAGUCCUUGUGGCUCGAAAGGUGAAGGGGGUCUAUGUGGUCAACCGGGCGGAGAAGGAGACGUGCUUCCUUGUGAAGAAGCCGGAAACGGCGGAGCUGUGGCACCGACGAUUGGGGCACGCCGGGUACGAAAACUUGGCGAAAAUGGUGCAGGGCGACCUCGUGGAGGGGGUCGGGGUGAAACCGAGUGCGUUCCGGGCGCUGAAAACCUCGGUGUGUGAGCCCUGCAUUAUGGGGAAGCAAACUAGGCUCCCCUUCCCUGAAUCCGACUCGGUGAGCACGGAGCCUCUUGAGCUAGUCCACAUGGACGUCUGCGGGCCAAUGCCGGUAGCCUCGGUAGGGGGAAGCCGGUACUUUGCCACGUUCUUGGAUGACUACAGGAAGCUCUCGGUUGUAGUCCCCAUGAAGCAGAAGAGCGAGGUGGCCAAGGUCACUGAGCACGUGAUCAACCGGUUGGAGUUGCAAUCGGGGAAGCAGCUCAAGUCGGUGCGGACGGACCGGGGAAAGGAGUACGUCAACAAGGCCCUUGAAGACGUGUUUGGGGAUAAGGGGACGGUACACGAGAAAUCCGCCCCCUAUAGCGCCGAGCAGAACGGGUCGGCGGAACGGCUUAACCGGGAUCUGGAGGGAAAGACCCGGGCAAUGCUUGAGGACUCGGGGUUGGCCAAGGAGUUGUGGGCGGAAGCCGUGGUGACGGCCAACUACACCCGGAACCGGACCCCCGUGAGCGCCCAUGGGAGGACUCCCUGGGAAGUUUUCUUCGGUGAAAAACCGAAUGUCGGGCAUAUGAGGGUUUUUGGGGCCCGAGCGUUCCGCCACGUCCCCAAGCAGCGGAGGCGUAAGCUACAUCCGGUGAGCGAGCGAUGUGUGUUCGUGGGGUACGAGCCGGACUCGAAGGCGUACAGGUUGCUCCGGGACCGUGACGGAAAGUUAAUCAUCUCCCGGGACGUCAUCUUUGACGAGGGGAUCGGGGGAGAUGGGGUUGUCGAGCUUGGCUCCGACCCUACGGACGGUUCCCAGACGGCGGAGGGUCCCGGCGCACAGGUUCACACGGAGGCCCAUGAGGGGCCAAAAGUUGAAUCUCUGCGCGAGAGCGACGCGGCCGCGCGCGCGCCCGAGGACCCGCGGCCGCCGCGCGCGCUUUCACAAACGGGCCAAAAUGAGGGC